GUUUACAAUUUAACUUGAUUGUGGAAACAUUAGCAUUUCGAAAAGUGUCAAUUGUUUAAUCAUCAUCAUCACUGUUACUGUUUAUCUAUUAAUCUGAUCAACAAGACAAGAAAAAAACAAAUCAACAAAUAUGAAAGUUUGCUCAUCUUUAAUUAUUUUUGUCCUUUUAAUUGUAACAAUUACAUUAAAUGAAAUCACUUCACGUCCACAAAAUGUCGGAGUUAAUAUUCCCGGAAUUUUCAACAUGAACAAUGGGAACGGCGAAUAUGGAUCUGGACUUGGAAUCGAUGUGCUCGGUGGUCUGGUUCGGGUCGGUGUUAAUCGCAACCGAUUCAAUUACGGCCGAGAUGUUGGUGUUUCCAUUGGUUGAUCUCUGUAAUUCCCCUGAUUAAUCUUCUCAAUUUAUCAGUAAUUUAACGACGAGUAGCAAUCAGUUCAUCUCCUUUUUAAUAUCUUUUUUAGCCCUUUUCAAUGUCUCUUUUUUCAUUUCUCUUCAAUAGUAUUGAUCGACAAUUAAAAAACUAAUUUUCUCUUCUGGUAUUAGAGGAAAAGAAAAUAGAAUCUAAUGCCAAUAGAUGGAGACCCUGUUCUAAUUUCUUGUUCUCUGUUGUUUUUAUUUAUUUACCGGCGAAAAUGUUGAUUGAUUGAUUGUUGAUGUUAGAUUGUUUAUAAUUAAAUUAAUUAGAUUAAUUUGAUUGUCUUUUUCUAAUUUUGUUUCUUCAUGUUAACCUGUUUGGUGUUUAGUUGAUAGAAUUGGAAUUAUAAUCUUGACUUGUGUUGGUUCCAUUUUGAAAUAAUGGUUGUGAUUGUGAGUCAAUUUCCAAUACCUGAAGGUAAAAGUGGUCAAGAAAUUGUUGAUCGUUUAAUUAAACAAUUUGAAUCGAUGCAAUUCCAACGUGUUGGUAACUUUGUCGUUGACUGUGAAACGUAUUAUUCAGCACCAAUCAUCAAUCCACCCAGAGUAUUGAACAUUAUCCACAAUUCCGAAUAUCCUGCCACCUGUUUUGCUCAACUUGAUACUGGAACCAUUUUGAGAGCUGAUUCAUAUUUCGACGCCAUGAUGGUUGUCAUGAAUGGUGUUUAUCAAGCCAAGAGAGGGAAUAAGAUUGAAUGUAAAGGACCCAAAUUCCAGAAAGGUGAUUUCAUCGUUAGAAUUGGAUCUGUUUCUAUUGGCCCCUCUUUCAGAGGGAUUCUUGUUGAGAUAGAGUAUGGACCCUGUUCUGUUCCCAUUUACUGUUGGGAUCUAUUGAAAGAAUUCAUUAAAACAUUCAUGAGAGUUCCUAAAGAACCUCCUCCAUAUUACAAGAACCGAAUGACUGAUGUCUGCACUCCGGUUGAUACCAUUUCUCAAUACAAUAUUCAUUUCACGAAUUAUCGGAAGAUGACACUGAUUAGUUCAUGUCCACCACCCAAUCCAUCAGCACCGAAAGGUCCAAAUAAUAACGAUGGAAACAGUGGCGAUCAAAACAAAAGUCAACCCGGUGAUGGAUCAACAAGUGAAAUAAUUAUCGCCAAUGUGUAAAAAUUUACGUUUAAUUUUUCGCUUCCCUGCAGGUGGUUUUUAGCUUCAAUUCACUUAAUCUAUUUAUAUUAAUCUCUUUAAUAUUUCUUGAUGAUAAAACUUUUAAACAACUUAA